AUGAUUCCGCCAAUAAUAUCCGGCGAUGGGGAAGCAGCUGCGCUCGCGGGUCAAUUCCACCCAGACAAUACGGGCGCGGCUCUGGCUUCCGGUGCAGGGGUAGCCCUCGGCGGGGGAGGGGGAAUGGGAGGAAAGGGGGGAAUGGGGGGAAUGGGGGGAAUCGCGGAAAUCGGGGGAAUCGGGGGAGCGAUGCGGGCGGCGGGCGGGGACGACGACAUGGCGCGCGCGAUGGAGAGCCUAAUCCCCGCGCUGUGGCAGUCGUUCGCGGUGAUCCUCAUCGGAUACGCGUGCGUGAAGCUUGAAGUGGUGAAGCCGCAGCACAAGCAGGUACGGCGCCUCCUCUUCUCUGCCCAUCGCGCCUCCCCUUACCGCUCCGCCCAUCCGCUCCACGCCCUAGUACCCCCCCCACCCUUUUCCCCCUUCCUCGCCCCGGGCGCGCCUCCCCACCCCUCCUCCCGUUUUUCCCUUGAUGAUGGGCCACUCUGCAACUCCCACGAUUCCCACCCCAAGAGCCCUCGGAACCUCCGCCAUGGAGUCCGUUCCUAUACUUCCCUUCGCCCAUGUCCGACCUCUAUGCAUAAUGCAUCCCUCUUUCUCCUGCUCAUUCCUGCCCUCCACGCCCGCCCGCCUCCUGCCGCCGCUACCACGGGCAGGGCCUGUCGCUGCAUAACGAUGCUGCUGGACAUUGGCAAGCCGCAGGUGGUGGGCACGGGAGCAGUGAACGGCAUCUUCGUCUCCCAGUCCAACGACUUCGCUCUCGGCCUUCCCAUCUUCCAACCUACAAACUGCAGUAUUAGCUCUUCUCUCAUCCUCCCUCUAAUGUUCCCCUCUUGCCUCCCCGUCUCCCUACCUCUUCUCCUCUUUUUCCCUCCUCCUCUGCUCACCAUCCCCCCUCCUGUCCCCACCAUCCUCCAUCUCCACCUUCCCCAUGGUGCAAGCAGCCCAUAUUCGGCGCCCUGCACCCCGAGUACAUCGGAUACCUGUACCUCGUGGCGCCCACUCUUGAGAAUUCUCAGUGUCUCCCCACCAUCCAUCCCACCUCUCCACCCAUUCCCAUGGUGUGAGCAGCCCAUAUUCGGCGCCCUGCACCCCGAGUACAUCGGAUACCUGUACCUCGUGGCGCCCAUCUCGCUCAUCUUCCUCAACCCCCUCGGAUUCCUUCUCAUGGAGUCGGACCGAAAGGGCGGCCCAGACGGGGAGGAGGGGGAGGAAGAGGAGGACGAGGAUGGGGAGGAGAGGGUUGGGGGGCGUGGUGCGCGGGAUGGGAGGGAGGGGGAGGGGGAUCCCUGGGAGUGCUGUGACUUGGUGCCUGAAGGGGAAGAGGCUGCGCUGAUGGCUCUUGAGAAAGAGGAGGAGCAGAGGGAUGGGGUGGCGGGGCGAGAGAGGGGUGGAAAAGGGGCUAUGCGCACCCGCAGCAGCAGCGCCGCUCUCCCUCCCCCUUCGCCCUUCACUGCUGCUUCCCCCCCCAAAUCCCUCCGCUCCUCCCUCCUAUCCCCCUCCCUCCUCACCCUUCCUCCACCUCCUCAAGCGUCUUCACUCUCCCAUCCACCAUCCACCACCCUCUCCCUCGCCCCUUCCCCGUCCACAUCCCACGCCCCUGUAUACGGCUCACUUGCCCUUGCCCCAUCGCCACUCUCCCGCGUGCUGCCUUCGCCCCUUGGCCCCCCCUCUCCUGUUGCCGCUGCUGCUGGCGCUGGGGUGAGCGGUGGUGCAGGGAUGACUGGUGGUGGCGCUGGCGUGAGCGGUGGUGGGGAUGGGGGAGGAGGAGGGGCAGUGGAUUUGCCACAAGGUCAGACUCUAAAACGGGUGCUGCAGGGGGUGUUUGCAUCGCCCGUGGUCUUCAUGGUGAGACGGCUCUGGGGGGACGCUCGUGCUUGGGUGUGCAUGUGGGUGUGCAUGUGGGUGUGCAUGUGGGUGUGCAUGUGGGUGUGCAUGUGGGUGUGCAUGUGGGUGUGCAUGUGGGUUCUCUCCUCUUAUUCUUGCUUCCUCUCUGCCCUCCUCGUUGCCUCCCUCCUCUCCUGCCAUUCACCCUUUCCCUCAACUCCCUCCUUUCCUCGACUCCCUCCCUCCCUCCUCCUUCGUCUCCCUCCUCUCACUUAUCAGACAUAUCUCAAGCCUCGUUUCACUCUCUGUUUACACAAUUCUCCUUGCUUCAAUCUUCUUGCCUCUCCCCUCCUUCCACAUCCACAUCCUUACUCCCUAUCCCACCUUCACCCCCUCGGUCCUCAAUCCCCCAAGCAGCUGCCUCCCUUUCUGCCUGUCCUAACCUCUCUCUGCUGGUCCCGUGCCUAUUUCUCUGUCCCCCACCCGCCCCCCAUCGUCCCCCCAUAUGCCCCACAUCUAUUAACCCCCAUCCGCCCGCAGGUACCUCUGGGUCUGGCCGCUAAUUAUCUGUUCAAUCAUGACAUCCCCCCGUUGCUCUCAGGCCCGUUCGAGUCAUUCGGAGCGGCUUUCUCUCCCCUCUCACUCUUCAUCCUCGGUAUGUCAAUGGCGGACGAGACAGAGAAGGCAUCAGACGAGCAGACUCGCCUGGGCCCGCUCCUCCUCUCGCUCGCCCUCGUGGCCGGCAAAUGCCUCGUGCUGCCGCUGCUCAUCCUGCUGCUCCUCGCCUCCUUCCAGGCGGACGACACAUCGCUGUCCCUGGCAGGGCUCAUAUACGGCAGUCUGCCCGUAACCCCAGCCACAUUCUUCUUUGCCUGUGAAUACGGACAAUUCUGUGUCAGUCGGUCGCACACAUCCAUAGAGACGGUUUUUGAGGCGCCUACCCCCCCCUCACCGCCCCCCCUCUUCCUCCCUUACCCCUCCACCCCCCUAUUGUUCCCCGCAGGGCUGUGCCAGUCGUACAUAGGCAUGGCGACGGUGCUGGGCACGUUUCUGUUUGGUCCGCUCGUGUACGUGCUCACGCAGCUCGCAUUCCUCGUCAUGAACCACUAUGAGCAGCUCUUAGAACAGACAGCAGCAGAGAGUGGCGCGCUUGCUGCUGCGGCAGGCACGGCGAUAGAAGGGAGUGCAACAGAGGGUACUGGAGCUGCUGCAGCAGCAGCAGGCGUGGCGGAGGGAGGGAGGGCAGGGAGCGAGCAGGACCCGUAUGAGCUGCACCGUGUGGUGGGGCAGAUGCUCGUGUGCUGCAUUGCACUGUGCUGGACCUCAGCCAGCGUAGCAUCUCUCCUCUGCCGCGCACCCCUCCCACCGCUCCCCUCCCUCCUGCGCUACCUCUUUCACACCACGGGCCACCUCGCCUCAGCCGUUUUCACCGCCCUCCUCGCCCUCUCAGAGCUGCUGUGCUCCGCGCUCGGCCCCUCUCUCGUGCACCGCCUGCGCUUCUACCUCGUCUUCUCUGGCUGGAUGCUUGCCGCGCUGCCUGUUGUGCUGCCGCUCGUGUUGUCACCGGGCUGGCCUGACAUCCCUGCGCUCUGCCCCACGGACCUGUGA